AUGGAGAGCGCUGUGGUGCAAGUCACCCUCUUUGGGCUGCUGCUGGUUUUGGCUAGCACACUACCAAACAAGGACGACUGGAACAUCUACAGCUUUCACAUCAACUCCACAGUGACCAGUCGUUAUGCAACCACGGUCAUCACAAGCCGCGUGGCCAAUCGCAUGGACGACUCAAAGGAAAUAGAGUUCCAGGUCCGGAUUCCCAAGAACGCCUUCAUCAGUAAAUUCAGAAUGUUUAUAGAUGGCCAAGUGUACGAUGGUGUUGUGAAAGGUAAAGAGAAAGCUCAGCAGCAGUACACUGAGGCUGUGUCCCGUGGCCAAAGCGCUGGGCUUGUCAGUUCUGUAGGGAGGACCCUUGAGGAAUUUAAGACCUCUGUGACUGUGGCUGCCCACAAAAAGGUCACCUUUGAACUCACAUAUGAGGAGCUGCUGAAACGCAAGCUUGGCAAGUACGAGCUGCAAAUCCACGCUCGACCCAUGCAGCCUGUCAAAGACUUCAAGGUCGAUGUGUACAUUAAUGAGAAAGCUGGUAUCAAUUUCAUCGAGGUUAAAGGAGGACUAAGCACCAAAGCCCUGGCUAAUGCCAUCACCAGAACACAUGCAGACAAACAGGCGUGGGUGUAUUUCUACCCAACAGAGGACCAACAGAAAACAUGUGAUGGCUGUGGAGAGCAGGGUAUGAAUGGAGAUCUGGUUAUUGUUUAUGAUGUCAACAGGGACACCUCACUUGGAGACAUCAAGACAUCAACUGGAUACUUUGUUCAUCACUUUGCUCCAUCUAGUCUUUCCCGCAUACCAAAAAAUGUUGUCUUCGUUAUUGAUCAAAGUGGCUCAAUGAGUGGCAGAAAAAUGCAACAGACCCGAAUAGCAUUAAUCCACAUCUUGAACGACCUGGCAGAGGAUGACCACUUUGGUCUUAUCACUUUUGAUAGCAGCAUUUUUCACUGGAAAAGAGAACUUGUUCAGGCCAACAAGAAAAACCUGGAGAGUGCUAAGACAUUUGCACGGAAUAUUCAAGAUAGAGGAGCCACAGAUAUUAACGCAGCAGUGUUGGAAGGAGCGCGUAUGCUGAAUGCACAUCCCAGAGAAGGUUCAGCGUCUAUCAUCAUACUUCUCACCGAUGGAGAUCCAACCACAGGGGAGACAAAUCUUGAACGAAUACAAUCAAAUGUCAGAAGGGAUAUUGCAGACAAGUUCCCACUCUACUGUCUUGGUUUUGGUCAUGAUGUCAAUUUUGAGUUCCUUGAGAAGAUGUCACUGCAGAACAAUGGUGUGGCACGACGGAUUUAUGAAGACUCUGACGCUAAUUUACAGCUCAAGGGUUUCUAUGACGAGGUGGCCACUCCUCUGUUGACAGAUGUGACAAUGAUCUAUAACGGAGGGACCAAUCUAACCCAGACUAACUUCAGCCAGUAUUAUAAUGGCUCUGAGAUUGUGGUGGCCGGUCAGAUCACUGACAACGACAUUGAAACCUUCACUCCACAAGUUGUAGCCAUUUCGAGGGAUAGAAGAGUGACAUUUUCUAACACAAACGCCACCGUGGAGUACACUGGGACAGAUUUUGACAGCCACAUCCAGAGGGUUUGGGCCUACCUCACAGUCAAACAGCUUCUGGAGAAAGAGCUGCUGUUUUCUGGACCUGAGAAGGAGAAUGUGAAGAAAGAGGCCUUGGAGCUGUCGCUGAAGUACAGCUUUGUAACCCCACUUACAUCCAUGGUGGUCACCAAGCCUCUGGGGGAGAACACAGAUGUGCUCCAUAAACCUAAGGAAGAGCUUCAACGGCGUGCGGACACUUUUCUGGCCUUUGAGGUCGACGGAGAGGGGGACGGCAGCUGGGCGGACCGACGCGACACCGUCGACGCCCUGGAGCCGCUGGAAGAGGGCGUCUUCGACGGGCACGAGUCCGAUGACUCGUCUCCCCCGAACGACGACUCUCUCACCGGGUUUCCUUCCUCCCCACUGGGAGGACUGGAUCUGGAGACAGGGAUCGAUGCUUUUCCGCUACGGCUCUCCCCGUCUCCAGAACGACCAGAGGCACCGCCUCAGCGGUCUUCCCCUCUGCCGCAGGUGGCUCCACCCUCCACCACCAAGGUUCUUUUUAUGGACCUGCCGGAGAUCAUAAAAAGGGCGGCGGACCAGAGGGGCAUAGCGCUUCCAGCGGAGCCUCCAGCCCCCUCUCGCGGCCUCCUGAGCGGUGACAUCUACUCUCAGGAGCCGCCGUCCAAACGGGCCCCACUCUGGCCGCGCUUCACGGAGCUUCGGCCGUUCGUGGAGGAGGCUCUCUCUCAGCCAGGGAAACUGAGGGCGCCAGUCUCGCGCUAUGCCCCGUUCACACGGGUUCAUGGCGACACAGAGGCAGGCUUUCCUUCGGUCCCCCCUCUGGAGCAGAGCCUGGCGUCGAUCCUGCUUCCGAAGGCUACCUUCUUCGGCCACCGGAAGCCGACCCCCCCGUCCCCGCAGGACCAGGUUUGCGUCCAAGUCACUGACCGGUCUCACCAGUGUGCGGCCCAGGGCUUAGCGGCGCAAAACAACAUAGCCUUGCUAGCCUCCGCCGUCUCCGCCAUGGCCACCAACCCGGAGGCCCUUCCUCCGGAGCUAGCUACGGAGAUCGGCAAGGCUAUGACCGCCAUCCUCACCCUCAGCACGGCGACUACGGUGGUGUUGUCGAGGAUCCAGGCUUGGCAGACUGUGGCCCAGCGAAAUAUCUGGCUCCACAUGUCACAGCUACCCACGGAGGUCAGGCGCGAGCUUCUGUACGGUCCCAUAGCUCCCGAUGGACUAAUUGGACCUCAUCUACAGACAGCCACAUCCCACCUCCACCAGGCAGCCGAAGAGGCAGAGCGGCUACGGCGGCUUGGCUCCUGGAAGGCGGCACCUCAACAACAGCGCCACCGCUCCACCAGCCGCCACAAGAGGAAACGCCCCACAGCCUCUGCUGCGGCUGCGCCCUCCCAGGCUUCGAUCUCCGCCCCUCCGCCUGCCCCACCGCAGCGACAGCCGGCCCCCGGCCCCCGACCGGCAGGCUUCACGGGGUCGAAGGAUCAUGAAGGCGGCCCCCACCUGGUCUAA